AUGGAUGAAGACCUAUGUCAAACGCAAAAACAACUUGCAGAAGCAUUAAAUUGUACUCAAUCAGUUAUUUCCGAUCGUUUAAAAGCCUUAGGAAAGGUUUACAAGGAAGGAAAAUGGUUUCCAUAUGAACUGAAGCUAAGAGACAUUGAAAGACAGAAAGAAGGCCUAAGACAUCACGUGAGAAUUCAUAAAGACGAACAACCUUAUCGUUGUGAGUUUUGUGGACAAAUGUUCAGACGAAAAGAAACCCUAAGACGUCACAUGGUGGCAAAGCAUAGCAAUGAUAAACGUUUCAAGUCUAAUAAGGAUCUAUAUACCGGAGGUGUAUCAUACAAGUGCGGAACGUGUAAUAAAGAGUUUAAGGACAAAGCGCAAUUACAUAUUCAUGAGAGAACUCAUAACGGAGAAAAGCCUUAUCAAUGCGAAUUUUGUGAAGAUAAAUUUAGGAUUAAAGUUCACCUAACAUCGCACAUGGUCGCAAAACAUGCCGAUGAUGAACGUUUCAAGUCUAAUAAGGAUCUAUAUACUGGAGGUGUAUCAUACAAAUGCGGAACGUGUAAAAAAGAGUUUAAGAACAAAACGGAUUUUAAUAGGCAUGAAAGAACUCAUACAGGAGAAAAACCUUAUCAAUGCAAACUUUGUGAAGAUGAAUUUAGUUGUAAAGUAAACCUAGAACAACACGUGGUGGGAAAGCAUUGGAAUGAUGAACGUUAUAAGUCUAAUAAGGACCUAUAUAUUGAAGGUAUAACACACAAAUGCAGAACGUGUAAUAAAGAGUUUAAGAAAAAAGUGAAAUUGCAUAAUCAUGAGAAAAUUCAUAAAGGCGAAAAGCCUUUAAACCCUAAGUGCGAAUUUUGUGAAGAUAAAUUUAGACAGAAAGAAGGCCUAAGACAUCACGUGGUGGCAAAGCAUAGCAAUGAUGAAUGUUACAAGUCUAAUAAAGGCCUAUAUACUGAAGAUGAAUCAUACAAAUGCGGAACGUAUAAUAUAGAGUUUAAGAAUGAAGCGCAAUUGCGUAGUCAUGAGAGAAUUCAUAAAGACGAACAACCUUAUCGUUGUGAGUUUUGUGGACAAAUGUUCAGGUGGGUGUUUAAAUGA